CCACAGGCCAUCUGCCUGUCCACCUGGACUUUCAGCCCAGUGACACAUACAUUUCAGCUGCAGAGGGAACCGGGGACAGGCUCUGCCAUCAAAUGCUCUCUCAACUUUAUUAGUCUGGAGAAUUUUGAGCUAUGCAAACUUGCGAGCUACUGUCUCAUCACCUGAGAGGAAAGACAUGUCCGCUUGAUCCCUUUCCGAGUCUACGGAUUUAAACCCCGUCACGGAUUUAACAUGAGCUGCGCUUCCUGGAGAAGUGUUUUCUGCUGUGCUGCCUUUAGUCUGACCAUCAUCAUUUUGGACAGACUCACAGAUGCCACGCUGGAAGGCUCCUCCAUGGGACACCUGGGUCAACCUUCUUCUCGGGAGCUGGCGGCAUUCCCACAAAUUAUCCGGGUGUCGGAUGUGAAGGCAUCCCCAGACAGCCACACUGGCACCUCUCGAAGGAAAAGGAAUAUCUUUUACCAGGGUGGACUUAGACUGUGCGGACAAGAGACCGCUGAGGAAGUUGUUGCAAACCAUCUAGGCUACUUUCACUUCAGAGUGUGCCAGGAGACCGUGUGGGAGGCUUUCAAGAUCUUCUGGGACCGACUGCCCGAGCAAGACGAGUACCAAAGCUGGAUGAACCAGUGCCAGGAAGGCACGGCCACUGUGCAGAAUAUCGGCAGCUACUUUAGCCAGUCAGAGGAGCAUCAGGCUCUGGUUAAACAGAGAAUGUCGCAUCCAGUUUUUAAAAGUGAGCCCACCAGGUCCUGGAAGCAUAUGUGCAGCACACCAACACCCGCGAGUCCAGAAACCGUUGAAGCCCCCGAGUUAGAAGAUUUAGAUGAAGGAAAGGACAAUGCAGCUGUCAUUUCACCGGAGGCGGGAGACAGUCCACUGUACAAUGAAAUCACCGUUCAGCCCACCUCAGCCCCCGUGCUGGAACAGAUGGUGGAGCUGAGCAUCCUCCUGACUGGAGAGGUCUUCAGCGACGACCUCAAAGAUCCAGCCAGCCUCAAGUUCCAGACGCUCAGCAGAGACCUCGCGGAAAAGAUAGAAGACGCUCUAGAGGGGCUCCCUGGAUUUAAGAGCGUGUCGGUGAUCGACUUCAGACCGCAGAAGGACACUCAGUGGCUGGAUGGCAUAGUGGUGGAUUAUGCAGUCACAGUAGCGGUGGAAGGAGCUGGAGUGAGCCCUGAGCAACUGAACUACCUGACCCUGCAGUCCAACCUGGUGGAGAACUCGUAUCGGGAGAUCCAGGAGCCCCCCACAGUGGUCCACACCAUCAGCAAGAUUAGGAACGUUUUCACCGAAGCCCAUCACGUCAACGAGCUGGAGAGCGUGUCUGAGAUUCCUGAGCCUGUCAGCGCUGCAGACGGAGCGACGGGCAUUGCUGUGAUUGACCUAUCAGAAGUCUUGACCCUGGAUGAUCACACUGAAGAUGGAAACCUGCUGGCACCUUCAGGAACAAACACUCUGGCAGCAGGAGAGGACAUUGUUAUUUUGGAGGAGAGUGAACUCGCGUCCCCAGAGGUGGUACUCACCACCCAUCCACCUGAAGCUGGUAGCAUUGAGGAGGAAGGUCUGCUGGCAGAAGAUGUGUUGCUGGCUCCAGGUCCAGAAGCCACCCCACCUAAAGAGAUCCUACCUGAAGCUCCCUCCUCCGAGAUGCCAAGGAGCUCGACCCUACCUGAACCGCCAGUAGAAACCGAGGCCUCUGGGUCAGGCCGAGAUAACCUGGACAGGCUAAAUGAACCACCCACUGAAGAAGACCAAACGCGUCCCAUAGAGACUCAAGAUGCUAAAUCAGAAGCUGAACUAGAGAAAGUUGAUCUUGCUUCAGUUGCAGAGGAAUCAGUUGUUACAACUGUUGAAGACGAGCACCAGGAAGAGGUUGAGAUUUCUGAGGAGCCGGAGAUCUCUACGGUUUUAACUGAAACAUCGACAGAACCAGGUCAGCCUGCUCUUUUACCACCUACAGAGACUGUGAAUAUACCAAGUGAAGUUCCAGAGACUGUGAAUAUACCAAGUGAAGUUCCAGCGACUGUGAAUAUACCAAGUGAAGUUCCAGAGACGGUGAAUAUACCAAGUGAGGUUCCAGAGACUGUGAAUAUACCAAGUGAAGUUCCAGAGACUGAGAAUAUACCAAAUGAAGUUCCAGAGACUGUGAAUAUACCAAGUGAGGUUCCAGAGACUGUGAAUAUACCAAGUGAGGUUCCAGAGACUGUGAAUAUACCAAGUGAAGUUCCAGAGACUGUGAAUAUACCAAGUGAAGUUCCAGAGACUGUGAAUAUACCAAGUGAAGUUCCAGAGACUGUGAAUAUACCAAAUGAAGUUCCAGAGACUGUGAAUAUACCAAGUGAAGUUCCAGAGACUGUGAAUAUACCAAGUGAAGUUCCAGAGACUGUGAAUAUACCAAGUGAAGUUCCUGAGACUGUGUAUAUACCAAGUGAAGUUCCCGAGACUGUGAAUAUACCAAGUGAAGUUCCAGAGACUGUGAAUAUACCAAGUGAAGUUCCAGAGACUGUGAAUAUACCAAGUGAAGUUCCAGAGACUGUGAAUAUACCAAAUGAAGUUCCAGAGACUGUGAAUAUACCAAGUGAAGUUCCAGAGACUGUGAAUAUACCAAGUGAAGUUCCAGAGACUGUGAAUAUACCAAGUGAAGUUCCUGAGACUGUGUAUAUACCAAGUGAAGUUCCCGAGACUGUGAAUAUACCAAGUGAAGUUCCAGAGACUGUGAAUAUACCAAGUGAAGUUCCAGAGACUGUGAAUAUACCAAGUGAAGUUCCAGAGCCUGAUGUAGCCAAAACCACUCUGCACUCUGAUGUUGAUGAACCUGUGGUUGGGCCACCGGAGGACUCUAACGAGGACAAUAAAGUGCCUGAUGAAGAUGAAGGGGCCAACAUGGUGUUUACCUAUCCUGAGGAACCCGCGUUUGAUGAGAAAGGCUUUGACAAGACCAUAGAGAGUGAUGGAAGUGAAGUGAGUGAAGGAUCUUUGUCUGAAGCAAUGGGGAUAGAGGAGGAGGCACCUCUAACACCACAGAUCUUAGCAGGAGAUUUUGUUGAGGAUGAGAUAUUACUGGUCAACAAAAAGGAUCCGAAGUCACCUGUGACAGACUUUCCACACCAUCCCCUGCCCACUGCACUGUCUCCAGAGAAGGAAUCCUCUUCUACCAUUGUCUCCUCCAUUGUCCCAGAUUCUGAUGCCUCUCCUAACACGACCAUCACUUUACUGGUGAAGACCACUCACGAGGACCUGGAUGAUGCCACCCCUGGAGAUCACGGAUAUGACCUGAUUCCUUUUGAUUAUGGUUUGACAAACCAGACGGAGGAGGGCAGCACUGGAUCCCCAUUCAGUGUGGCCCAAGGCACGGACCAAGCCAGCAUUGCCAUGCCCAUAAACCCCAGGCGAGCUCUGAUAGUCUUCUUCAGCCUAAGAGUGACCAACAUGGUAUUUUCUGAAGAUCUCUUUAACAAGAGCUCCCCGGAGUACAAAGCUUUGGAGCAACGCUUCCUAGAACUGCUCGUGCCCUACCUUCAGUCCAACCUGAGCAAUUUUGAGAACCUGGAGAUCUUGAACUUCAGGAAUGGGAGCAUUGUGGUCAACAGCCGAAUGAAGUUUGGGAAGCCAGUGGCCCGUGGCGUCACCACCACUGUGUAUCUCAUCCUGGAGGACUUCUGUAACACGGCUUACCAGACCAUGAAUCUAGCCAUCGAUAAAUACUCGCUGGAUGUGGAGUCAGGUGACCAAGCAGACCCCUGCAAGUUCCAGGCGUGCAACGAGUACGCAGAAUGUAAAGUGAACAAGUGGUCAGGGGAGGCGGAGUGCGUUUGUAAUGCGGGCUACUUCAGCGUUGACGGUCUGCCCUGUCAGAGCAUCUGUGAGCUGCAGACAGACUUUUGCCUCAAUGAUGGCAAGUGUGACAUCAUCCCUGGCCAGGGAGCCAUCUGCAGGUGUCGUGUCGGAGAGAACUGGUGGUACAGAGGUGAACACUGUGAAGAAUACGUGUCUGAGCCGCUGGUAGUUGGAAUAGCCAUCGCCUCUGUUGCUGGUUUCCUGUUUGUGGCGUCUGGAGUGCUGUUCUUCCUGGCCAGGACGCUGCGGGACCAGUAUGACAAGGAGGAAUCAGAGGAUCCCGUACGGCGAGUGGAAAGUCUUCCGUCGUUGGAAAGGGCGACCAAAUACAACCCCAUGUAUGAAAGUGAAGCCACAACAGGCUACAGCCACUACUACCGGCGUUAUCCUGAGGCGCCUGCGUACAGUAGUGCCAGCGCCGAGGCAUCCACUGACUUCAGCAGCGAGGAGAUACGGCACAUCUAUGAAAACAGUGAGCUGACCAAGGAGGAAAUCCAAGACAGGAUACGUAUCAUCGAACUCUACGCUAAGGACCGGCAGUUUGCAGACUUUGUGCGGCAGCAUCAAGCAGUCGUGGAAACCCGCAGAGAAAGCUCCUCUGCGCACACAUGAAACUAAACAACAAGGAACACACCUCCUGGUCAAAAAUGAAGCUCCCUCUCCAGAUGUUCCCUUCGCCGCCGUGACUCUCUUAGCCCGGACUGGGUUUAGAUUAUUUCCAGCACUUUUGUAACCGAGACAAUAAGCCUGCAUCUAUCCCUCUGUGCAUGGGCAGGUGUGGACCAUUCAUUCAUUUACCUUGGUGCCUUCUCCUUACUGGGUGACCCUCCUGUGUCAACACGGCCCGUUUCUGCUCAUGGUUUUGCUGCUGAGAUACCAGACUGUUGGGAAAACUGGGCCGCAUCCUAUUACUUGAAUAGAAACGUAAAGACCAAACCAACAAAUGACUGUUUAGUGGGUAUAGCUGUUUAUUUGCAUCUACUUUUAUCUGCCUUCUCUUAAAGGGGAAGACAAUAAAUUGUAAUAUGUUUAUAUAGUUUGUAUUGUCUGUCAGUGAUCUACUCUGAUUUGGAUCUUUGGUAAUUCUUACAUAUUUCUUAGCUCUAUCAGAGAGCACUCAAAAAA